AUGUCACAUGAUAUCGCGUCGCGUCGCGUCGCGAACGCGUUACAUUUGCUUUGCCACUCGUCUGCCUGUCGACAAUGCAUCUCAGAAACUGCCCUCCACCUCUACACACACAAUCCUGUUUUCAGCAUUACGCAGGGCAGCCUUGAGGAUCUAUCGUGUCUCUAUAUCUGUCACAUAAUGAUCCGCAGUCGACUACCCGCACACGACAAUGACAAAGAAAACAUCCCACCCGCCAAAGCAGGCAGACUAACGGCGAAUUCCUCUACAGCCUUGGACCGGCUGGUAAAGCCCUUCAAAUGUCCCGGGUCUGCGAAUGCUCGUAAGAAGACCGGCGAACCUUCACGAAAGCGAAGAAAGGUGAAUUAUGCAGAAGCAGAUGGCAGUAGCAAUGACAAUAGUGGAGGAUUCAGCAUGGAUGGUGAUAGUGUGGCCUUGAAGGACCGCUUUCCCGUCUUCAAAGUCAAGGACAAAGAAACCACAUUUCGUGCAAGAUUUGCAAUACCGUUGAUCAAUAAGGAGGCAAUUGACCGUUCCCGAACGGCUCCCAGUCUUGGAAUGCGACAGGGACUCCCUUUCAUCAAUAAGCCACUACACGAUCCUAGCGGUGAAUUUGCAAUUGUCUUAUUCGAUCCUACCGUUGAUGGGAGACCAGAGCAGCCCUCCGCUUCAGAAACAACAGAGGCAGAACCCGAAAAGCCAAAACUAGAUAUUCCUCUCAUGCACAAGAGUCUAGCCGAGAUCCUGGGCAUCAAGAAGGUGGUGGAGGGCGAAAGACCAAAAGUGCCCGUGGUCAUCGAUCCCAGAUUGGCCAAAGUUCUUCGACCGCAUCAGGUAGAAGGAGUGAGGUUCUUGUACAGAUGUACCACUGGUCUGAUCGAUGAGAAAGCUAAGGGUUGCAUCAUGGCAGAUGAGAUGGGUCUGGGAAAGACGUUGCAGUGCAUCGCGCUGAUGUGGACCCUACUCAAGCAGUCACCAGAAGCCGGGAAUCCUACCAUUCAAAAAUGCAUCAUUGCAUGCCCCGCCAGUUUGGUCAAGAAUUGGGCAAACGAGCUCGUCAAAUGGCUUGGUGAAGGUGCUAUUCACGCAUUCGCCAUCGAUGGAAAGGCGUCGAAGGAGGAAUUGACCAUGCAACUCAGGCAGUGGGCAAUCGCUUCUGGACGAGCCGUUUCGAGGCCUGUGCUCAUAGUCUCUUAUGAGUCCUUGAGAUUGAACAUUGAAGAGCUGAAAGACGUUAAGAUCGGACUGAUGCUUUGCGAUGAAGGCCACCGACUGAAAAAUUCAGAAAGCGAAACUUACAUGGCACUCACUGGACUAAACGUUGAGCGAAGAGUCAUUCUCUCUGGGACUCCUAUACAGAACGAUCUCACUGAAUACUACGCGCUCUUGGACUUUGCAAACCCAGGGUACUUAGGUACUAAGGCCGACUUCCGCAAGAAAUUCGAACUCCCAAUUCUUCGUGGCCGCGAUGCUGCAGGUACUGAUGCAGACCAAGCGAAAGGUGAAGCAGCCACUUUGGAAUUGGCUUCACUUGUGAAGAAGUUCAUCAUACGACGGACGAAUGAUAUCUUGUCCAAGUACCUACCGGUCAAGUACGAACAUGUGGUCUUCUGCAAUCUGGCACCCUUCCAGGUUGAUUUAUACAAUCAUUUCAUCCAAAGUCCCGACAUCAAAAGUCUGCUAAGGGGCAAAGGAAGUCAGCCACUUAAAGCAAUCGGAAUCCUGAAAAAGUUGUGCAAUCAUCCAGAUCUCCUGGAUCUUGAGAAUGACCUCCCAGGGAGCGAAAAGUUUUGGCCAAGUGAUUAUGUGCCGAAAGAUUCAAGAGGUCGGGACCGUGAUGUAAAAUCAUGGCAUUCAGGAAAAUUCGCUGUUCUCGAGCGUAUGCUUGCACGGAUUCGACAAGACACCAAUGACAAGAUCGUGCUCAUCAGUAACUAUACUCAGACUCUUGAUGUGUUCGAAAAACUGUGCAGGGCUCGUUCAUAUGGAUGCCUUCGCCUGGACGGGACCAUGAAUGUCAACAAACGCCAGAAACUGGUCGACAAAUUCAACGAUCCCAACGGCGAGGAAUUUGUCUUCUUGCUAAGUAGCAAGGCAGGUGGAUGUGGUAUCAAUCUUAUUGGUGCAAAUCGACUCGUGCUCUUUGAUCCAGAUUGGAACCCGGCUGCCGACCAACAAGCUCUUGCCCGUGUUUGGAGAGACGGUCAAAAAAAGGAUUGCUUUGUGUAUAGAUUCAUGGCAACCGGUACGAUUGAGGAGAAGAUCUUUCAGCGACAAUCGCACAAGCAAGCCCUUUCGUCAGCAGUCGUCGACUCUGCUGAAGAUGUUGAAAGACAUUUUACACUUGACUCUUUGCGCGAGUUGUUUCAGCUCAAACAUGAUACUACGAGCGACACGCAUGAUACUUUCAAAUGCAAACGGUGCACACCCGACGGCACACAAACGAUCAAAGCGCCGGCAAUGCUAUACGGUGACACAAGUUCUUGGAAUCAUUUGGUGAACAAUGGAGAAAAGGGACCGCUUGGGAAGAUUCAGGAUCUCCUUUUACGACAAGAAGCAUCAGAAAAUGCCGUCAGCGCAGUGUUCCAGUAUAUCAGCCAUUGA